AUGGAGGUAGGGUCUCCUCCACCUCCUAGUCGGAAGCACCAACAAAUGGUGAAUAAAGUGGUGAACGGAAGAACGACACACGCAACCGUUCUAGGCAUGGACAUACCAUCGCCGUUAGCUAGUAAGGAGUCUUACCGGCGAAAUCUAAAUCCAGGUUUUGUUCCCCAACUAACGACUAGAGCUCGCUAUCGAUUAAGUCUCAAGCGAAAAAAGCGAUUAAACAGAAUCAAAUGCUCAAAAGACGUGGAUUCCCGAUACAUCACAGCAAUUAGAUCGCAAACUGUUAGCCAGGUUUCUGGUACCAGCCCAACUUUGGUGUUUCGAUUCAACCUAUUCAAGCUAGGGCAACUACGGCCAAAAAAGUUCCGAGGCGAAGUCUGUCACGUAAACAAUCGGGACGUUAAAUAA